CACUAUCAAAUUGUAAAACUCCACUCAUAUAUAACAUCAUAUCCAUCUGUAGCUGAGAGAGCAAAGUCUGUGAUGUGAGCCAAACAUUACAAUUUAUAAGGUCGAUCUUCUGCAACACUAACUUCAUAUCCAUCUUCAUGCACUAUACAGAUAAUUAAAUCUAUCGAUUGGUAUAAUUCAUGGUUUAAAUAAUUCGUGGCCAUGAUCUUCCAUUUCAUGGCCUACAACUGAGUCUACAGAACUAAGUGAGAAUGUUAGGGUUAGACUGCUGAGAGCCUCGGAGAAUAUAUUGUCAAAUUUGGGUCUAUUAGAUUAUAUGAGCAAUUUAGGACAAAAAAUGACACAAAUGUAAAAAAAGGAAUAUCACAACCAAAGGAGCCAAGAUCACGACCGAAGAAGCCAAGAUCACAACCAUGAACUCAGAAGCAUAAAUUUUACAUUAACCGAUUUGUCAAUAGCCAAAACCUAAUUUAAUAGAAACCGGAAAAUCACUAUAACUCGUAAUUGAGUCAUUGGUUUGGCUCAUUGCCAACUAUAAUACCGUGGAGAUCAAUUUCUGAAUGGGAUAUACCUCUCUUAUAGUAUAGUACUGUGGAGAUCUUUUUAAGUUUAGCAAAGGACUAUAGAGAAGACACCAAUAAAAAUGAAGAGUAGGAAGAGCCACGACUUGCUUCUUAUCUUCAUAUCCAAAAUCAAGAGGGAAUAAGAUUAUGGCCACGAACUCUGAUGUCAAGUGCGCGAACUUCAGGAGUAGCCACCAAGGAAGGAGCCGAGAGUCUUGACAGUCUGACUCGCGGUUCUCUUCAUCUGUGACUAUGAUAAAGAGUCUUGUCGUGACAUCUCGGAUCGCGACCGUCAUGUCAGGUCGUGAACUCAACCUUCAGCAAGACGUAAAUGGUGACCCUCAAGAAGAGAGGCGGAAACACAACGGGAGCCACUGAAUAGUGAGAAUGGCACAAUUCUGCUGCCCAUCUCCGCCGCCGGCGGCCCCAACUUCUAUAUCGCAGUUCAUCUCCGACCAGCCCUACCUCACCCUUCUCGAAACCCACUGCUCAACGAUGAAAGACCUUCACAAAAUCCAUUGCCAACUCAUCAAAACCGGCUUAUUCAAUGACCCAAUUGCCGCCAGUCGCGUCCUGGCCUUCUGCACCUCUCCCGUCGCCGGCGAUAUGAAUUACGCUCGCUCCGUUUUCUCUCGCAUUCGAAAGCCCAACCUCUUUUCCUGGAACCACAUCAUUCGAGGCUUCUCUAAUAGCUCAAAUCCUGAAGUUGCCAUCACCCUCUUCGCCGAGAUGUUGGUCAAUUCGCCCGUCCAACCUUCAAGGCUGACUUACCCUUCCGUUUUCAAGGCCUAUUCCCAGCUUGGGUUCGCCCAUGAAGGGGCUCAGCUCCACGGCAGAGUAAUUAAAUCAGGGCUCCAAGAUGAUCCAUUUGUAAGAAACAGCAUCUUGUCUAUGUACGCGAAUUGUGGGUUUUUGAGCGAAGCAGGGAGAAUAUUUGAUCGUCAUCCAGAUUUUGACCCCGUUACCUGGAACAUAAUGCUCAUGGGGCUUGCUAAAUGUGGCGAAAUUGAGGAAUCCAGGAAGGUAUUCGAUGAAAUGCCUGUGAGAAAUGUGAUCUCCUGGAAUUCGAUGAUAAGUGGGUAUGUGAGGAAUGAAAAGUUUGUGGAGGCUUUGGAGCUUUUUGGGCAAAUGCAAGAAGAUGCUGAGGUUAAGCCGAGUGAAUUCACGAUGGUGAGUUUACUCAAUGCCUGCGCUUGUUUGGGUGCAAUCAGGCAAGGAGAAUGGAUUCAUGAUUACAUUGUCAAGAAUAGUUUUGAGUUGAACCCAAUAGUUGUGACAGCCAUCAUAGAUAUGUACUGCAAGUGUGGGAGUAUAGACAGGGCCCUUGAUGCUUUCAAGACGGCUCCUAAGAAGGGAUUGUCAUGCUGGAACUCCAUGAUCCUAGGCCUGGCCACGAAUAGUCAGGAGAAGAAUGCGAUCAACCUAUUCAGGAAGCUUGAAUCAUCCUCGUCUUUGGAUCCCGAUUUCGUCAGUUUCAUCGGGGUCUUGACAGCUUGUAAUCACUCUGGCUUGGUGGACUCGGCAAAGGAGUAUUUCUCACUGAUGACAGAAACUUACAAUAUAAAACCCUCAGUACAGCAUUAUAGCUGCAUGGUUGAUGUGCUUGGCGGAGCUGGGUUUCUGGAAGAGGCAGAAGAGCUCAUCAAAGGAAUGCCAAUUCCUCCAGAUGCCAUCAUAUGGGGAUCUUUGCUAUCUUCCAGCACAAGAUUUGGGAACGCUGAGAUGGCGGAAAGAGCAGCAAGGCAGCUCAAUGAGCUGGAUCCAAGCCAAACUUCGAGUUUCGUGCUCAUGUCCAAUGUUUAUGCUUCCUCUGGUAGGUACCAGAAAGCUAUCGAGCAGAGAGUUGUUCUCAAACAAAAGCAGAUUGAGAAAGUUCCUGGGUGUAGUUCGAUUGAACUGAAUGGCAAAGUACAUGAGUUUGUAGCUGGUGGAACGUUGCAUCCAGCCGCUGCAAAGAUCUAUCAUGCUUUAGAUGAAAUGCUAUUACAGCAAAACGAAUAGGAUUGGUAACACAAUUAUGUGGAUAUAACCUGAUCAAGCAUUCCAUGUUGCUAACUGUUUUGGUUGCUUAAUGAGAGAUUGGGCACUGAGAUGGAGGGAAUCAAACGUAGGCCAGCCCUUUCCCACCUUAGUAAGGGGUGGGAUUUGGUCGGUAAACAAUUUACCGUUUACCAAAUUUAUCGGUUUCGGUAUAUCGAAGUUGGCCAAACUGGUUACCGAUUACCGAUACCGGUUUGUAACCGGUUUACCGAUUACCGAAUUACCGGUAAACGGUUACAAACCGGUAUUACCGAAAUUUUGUGAGAAGCGAUUUCGGGCGGUUUUUUGAUCGGUUUACCGAAUAUUUAUCGAACCGAAUUUCUGGAAGUGGGGUGAUGUUGUAAUAUUUUGAUUUUUUGAGUUUUUUUCAUCAUUUUUGUAAUUAAUAAUUUAUUAUUAA